GUAGCGGCAGAAGUUCCGGCCCUUGCUUUCUCCUCGUCGUAGGCCCUGCGCGCCGUGGCGGAGGUAGAAGGGCACUCAGUUCCUACCCGGGCUGGCUUCGCGUUAGCCCUGUGCGUUGAGUUCCUGUCUCGAGGGGCUUAUUGUGCCCUCAAGCCCAAAGCAAAACAGGUACCACUCGUGGAGGCCGACAGGCGCAGUUGCUGCUCAAGACUGAGGGAGCAACCAGGGCCGCGCCUUUUCUUCCCAUUUUACGCUAAGAAGAUUUGGAAAAGACUUAAUGGUUAUUAAGCUGAUUCUAUUUUUCUUAUCCGAAGGAAACGGAGUGUUGUAUUCGAAGUAGUGUUUCUUUUGAGCGGCGGAUCCGAAACCCGAGCAGGAGGUUAAUGUUGGUUUAUGAACUUCUACCAUCAAUCCAAGUAAUCAAAAAUGGAAAAUUCUGCAAAAGCAGAGGAAUAUGAAAAGAUCUCUUUUGAAGAGGGAAAACCAUCAGUAAAUUCUGAAACGGUGUCUUCAUUCAGUAUUAAUGAAGACACAACAGCUUCUGGGACUGGGCCUUCUCAAGAGGCUCCUACCUGUGAGCGAGUAGGCACACCGAAAAAGAGAAAAAUAGAGGUUGAAGAUGAUCUUAUAAAGGAAAGUUCUCGUUGUGGGGAAGACACUUCAUUCAGAAAAAGAAAACUUGAUGCUGAAAUUUUCCCAGAGGAGAAGGGCUCUGGAGAUGAUGAUAGCAUUUCAAAGAAAAGGAAAAUAGAAGCUGAUGAUGUUCCAGCAAAUGGAUCUUCCACCGGAGAUGGCUCUCAGCGAAAGAGAAAAAGAGAACUUGAGGAUGUGUCUGAAAAACAGAGAAACUUUGAAGAAGGACAUAGCUCAGUAGUGGCUGCCCACUACAAUGAACUUCAGGAAGUUGGUUUGGAGAAGCGUAGCCAAAGCCGUAUUUUUUACCUAAGAAACUUUAAUAAUUGGAUGAAAAGUGUCCUCAUUGGGGAAUUUUUAGAAAAGGUGCGACAGAAAAAAAAACGCGAUAUCACUGUUUUGGACCUGGGAUGUGGUAAAGGUGGAGAUUUGCUCAAGUGGAAAAAGGGAAGAAUUAACAAGUUAGUUUGUACUGAUAUCGCUGAUGUUUCUGUCAAACAGUGCCAGCAACGGUAUGAGGACAUGAAACACCGCUGUCGUGGUAAUGAAUAUAUUUUUAAUGCAGAAUUUAUAACUGCUGAUUGUUCAAAGGAACUUUUGAUUGGCAAAUUCCAUGAUCCAGAAAUGUGCUUCGAUAUCUGCAGUUGUCAGUUUGUUUGUCAUUACUCAUUUGAGUCCUAUGAGCAGGCUGACAUAAUGCUCAGGAAUGCUUGUGAGAGACUCAGUCCUGGAGGCUAUUUUAUAGGUACCACUCCCAAUAGCUUUGAGCUGAUAAGACGCCUCGAAGCUUCCGAAACAGAAUCAUUUGGAAAUGAAAUAUAUACUGUGAAGUUUCAGAAGAAAGGAGAUUAUCCUUUAUUUGGCUGCAAAUAUGAUUUCAACUUGGAAGGUGUCGUGGAUGUCCCUGAAUUCUUGGUCUAUUUUCCAUUGCUAAAUGAAAUGGCAAAGAAGUACAAUAUGAAACUAGUCUACAAAAAGACAUUUCUGGAGUUUUAUGAAGAAAAGAUUAAGAACAAUGAAAAUAAAAUACUGUUAAAACGAAUGCAGGCUCUGGAGCCAUAUCCUGCAAAUGAGAACUCCAGGCUUGCCUCUGAGAAAGUGGAUGACUAUGAGCAUGCAGCAAAGUAUAUGAAAAACGGUCACGUAAGAUUACCUUUGGGAACCUUAAGCAAAUCAGAAUGGGAAGCUACAAGCAUUUACUUGGUCUUCGCAUUUGAGAAGCAGCAGUGAGCACCUGUGCAGUGAAAGCAGAGGAGCUGUGUUUCCUCGUAGGCAGAUUCGACAGCUUCUCUGUGUGUUCUAGUCACUCUAAAUGUGCAGGAUGCCUCCAGAAACUCCAGCGUAUAAAUUCAGUAGUUGCUGUCUGUGACAGAUGAACCUUUAUUUGUGUAUAUAGGAGUGAGCUGGCACUUUUGUCGUUAAAUAAUCUAUUUUUUAGUAAUGUUCUGAGAAUUUGUUUGCCUCUACUCUCUUAGCUUGUAGACAUUCUACUCUGACUUGUUAAAGCAGCUGGACUCCUCCCACAGUGCUCUGACUCGCUCCGUGUUGAUGUAGUAGUGAACAUGCCACACUCCCAGGGUCAGUGAGGUGCUCGUAGAGUUGUGUGCAUGUGCUUCUCUUUGUGGUCUUCUUCUAUAGUGCUUCCAAGAUAAAAUGAGUUGGGUUCUGUACAAUUGAAUGGAAACAUUCAAUAUGUAUUGCUGAAGUUAGAAGUUUCAAACUGAGUUUUAGAUGGUAAUAAAAUUCUAGACAAGUUAUUUAGCUAGAAUUUUAGCCACUUACUACAUUUCUGUGUAAAUAAUUAUAACUUUUAUUUGUUAAUAUGCUGUAAUUCUGAAAGUGGUUAGAACAUUUUAGAUGGCAGCAUAGAAUUGUUUUAGAGUCUUGGGACUUUUUCUUAAGAAUUUAAUACCAUGGCAAUUAAUGUUUCUCAUUUUCAAGAAUGUAAUUAAACAGGUUUGCUUUUUGUAAUUGAACAAAGAUGGUAUAGUUAUUUUUCUCAAGACUUAAUGAAAAUCUCUCCCAGGUCAACCCGCUGUACAUUUUUCUGUAAUUUAUGCAUGGAGCUGUGAUGGCGACGUAAAGGAAGCAGAUAGAUGGACCUCAGAUUAAUUCUCACUGAUGCUAGAGCUAGGUGACAGAUGCUGCGUGCUGCAGAUCGUUUACGCCCUGCAGUUUAGAAAUAAACAACGUUUAUUCCUUUGUUACAAUAUCAGUACUUUGCAAAGUAGGAUCCAGUGUCUAAUCACCAUUAAAAAUUUUAUUUGCUGUUUCAGAACCAUUGUAAUGGUCAGCCAUGGCUUCUUGUUUGACUGUCUUUUUAUGACUAGCGCUGAGGUAAACUCAAUAAACUAGGUAGACUCUUACCCUUACUUUACAUCACAGUUUGGAGAACUUGAUAGCUUUUUGAUACAGUGGAAAACUUAAUAAGCAAAGCAGUUAUGUACUCUGCAGUUACUGUAUAUUCUAAAUUCUUGUAUUGAAAGUACGGUUUAUAAAGACAUUACUCUCUACAAUUAUCCACAGUAUUUGUUUAAAAAAUGGAAUCUUAGUUUAUAUAUGUUGACUGUUCAUGGUGGUAGAGUAGCAAAUCCUUUAGCAAGAGAACGUGAGUUUCCUAAUUUCUGUUACAUCUGUAAUCUUUCAGUCUCCAAACUGUUACCAGUUUACAAAAUUGACAGUAAGUCUUUGAGGCUUAGUGUUGGUUUGCCAAAAUUUGUCGUUUGGGGAAAUAAAUAAUAGUAUAUGACUACGGUGGCUGUCUUAGCUAAGAAACGUUUGGUAUUGGUGCUAGGGAGGGUGGGGAAAGGUUACCCCUUACUGUUAUAUACCCAGGUUCAUUUUAGUUCUAGGAAAGUGCCAGAAAGUGUUUUGAUUGUUCGGUAGAGUACAAAAAGCUUCAUGUUUAUUAUUUCCUAUUGUUAUUCUCACUUCAUAGUCUUAAUUUCUAAGCUGGUAAUAAAACAUAUUUUUAGCUUCCUUCUGCCCUUCCCACUUCAUGCAUAAUUUGAGGGAGAGAAGAAUCCCCGGAAGGAUGGAGUCAUUGAUGGCAAUACAAAGAAAAGAGAAAAGAAAAGUGGAGUUCUGCCUCACUGAAGGUCGUCAGGGAGUAGACAGAGCGCAAGAGCAAGUCUGAGACCAGGGGCUCUGGGACUGAGCUGAUGGCUGUGAAUGUGGGCGAGACACACUUGGAGCCACUCUUAGAGGAUGUGAGGUAUGGCAGGUGCCCUUUUUCAUGAGCAUUGUUUGCCUCAUUGCCUUUACUUCUCUGACCUCCGGUCCCCCACAUCUCCUUGCUGCAAUUAAGUGCCUGUGCAGUGACUCCAAAAGAACUGUUGGGAAGAAGACUAGAAAAAGCAGCCCAUGGCCACCAUUUCUCUUCCAUCACCAAGGUAAAAGCCAGCAGGACUCUUCCUGUUCACACCCCACAGGCUAAAUAUUUGGUGAUUUUCCAUUCAGGACUUGUGGUAACUUACAGAAGAGGCAGGGGGUGUCCUGCUGAUUUUCCCAAAUCCUAGCUUUCACUGUAGGGUCAGGAAGAAUGCCUGUUCCAAGCUCAGGGAUGUAGGUGGUCGUGGGAGUGACAGCAAGGCACCCCCCAAAAUUGCCAUUCACUUUGUCCCCAAGGAGUUCCUAUGUGACGCAAAUGAUUAAAGUUCGAGUCCACCCAAAGGUACUUCAGAAGAAACACCUGGUAAUCUGCUUCCAAAAAAUCAUCCGUUGAAACCCUGUGGAGCACACUUCUACUCACCAUGAGUCCCAGGCAACUAAGCAACUUUUUUUUUUCCCCAUAUUCUCCAAGGAUAAGAUUAGAGAUGGUGAUCAAAUCCUACCAGGAACAUGGCAGAAUGUGGUGUAGCUCAGAAAGUGAAAGUUGAGGUAUUUGGGCCUGUAAUACACCAGAGGAAAAGGGGCUGUGUGGUCACAGUGGUCAGGGAGAGAAACUGGCAGUGUUUCCAGCUGCAGCCAAGGGGAGGAUGUCCUAACCUGCACACAGACAGUGAUGGUAUAGGCAUGCUGUAGCCAGUCCUUGCCCUUUCAGUGCCCACCAAGCCACUCUGGUGCUGGUUUGACUUCCCAAAUAAAUUUGCCAUCAGGGAGAGAAGGUAUUGAAAGGUAGGUUACUGGUACAGUGAGUUUCCAACCACCCCCCACCCCGGCCCCUUGGAAAUUGUGAAAAUCAGAUUGCUGUCUGAAUUCAAGUAUUAGUGCUGUUAAUAGUGGAUCAGAGCAGAGAUAGGCAAACCAAGACUGGCUCCCAGCUGAAAAAGUAAUGUCAGCCAUCAUAUGUCCAGUAUUUCCAGUCCCAUUAACUCUUCUGGGGCUUGUUUCUUCAGCGCCUAUCUUAGCUCAUUGCCAUUAUGUUAUUUUGGUAUGUAUUCAUGCACCUUUCUGAUGAAGAUUUGGCUUCUUGUGUAAGUCUGCCUGUGGGGAAGAAAAGCCAAUGUGAGUAUUUUAGCCCCUGAAUAUUGUUUUCAUUGUUAAUAAACUGUCUUUUUGUUGUUUACUUUGGGCUUUGUAUGUUGGAGUUGUGAUGAGUCAAUCCCUGCAAAGGGCUCUUAAGUCUUCCAAGUAGGGGCCAGAUGGAGGGACGAGCGCCCUCUAAUAGCACUUGUACAAAAAUGCCUGUGACGUUGAAUGGCCCUUUGGUCAAAUAUGAAGCAGUAUUGCUGAUGUCACCAUUUCCCUGUAGUUGAUGUUAUAUCUGAUACUACACACCUGAUAAGUCAUUCUUUUUCCCACUCUGGCAAGACAAAUUCCUGAUUCUUUAAAGACAGCUGAUGCAGUUGCUGCUAUAGAUGUCAGCACUCCUUUAGCAGAUGCACAUGGGACUGGGGCCCGGUGGCAGUCAGCACUUGCCCACUGUGUGUCCUGCUCGACUUCUCUGCUGCCAUUUACACUUUAAAUCAUGUGUGCCUACUUCUUACUCCAUUUUGAGGAGGUAUGUGGUUGCCAUGAGGAAUCCUGGUGGUGCAAUGGUGGAAGUGCUCUGCUGCUAACCGAUUGGCGGUUUGAACCCACCAGCAGCUCCACAGGAAAAAGAUAUGGCAGUCUGCUUCCGUAUAUUGCAGCCUUGGAAACCUAUGGGGCAGUUCUGUCCCGUAAGGUCACUGUGAGUUGAUUUGACUCAACAGCAACAGUUUAAGGGUCGCCAUUAGUAGGAACGGACUCUAGAGCAACUGGUGUGGGGUUUUUGUUUGUUUUGUUGAGGUCACCCAGGAGUCUCGCCACAGUGUGGCUAUGGAGACUUUAGUUGAACCCCAAAGCCCCCAGCAUCCAGGGCUUAACCUGGGCCUUCUAUUGUGUGAAAAAACUCCUAAACUGAAUUAAAAUAAAGAGGUUCUAUUAAAGGUUUAAGACAGUUCACACUUAUGAUCUCCGUAGCCCAUGAAAAUGGAACCACAAAGUCUGAGGCACAGUAAUUACAAAGACAUUGUUGUGGAGCUCAAACAAGGAAUGAGGGCUUCAGUAUUCUGAGUGGUUUACAGUGAAGUCAGUCAAAGUCAGAACAAGGCAAAGCGUGACUUUUAACAUUAUUGGUUGUCUUAGUACAACUGGUACAUUGAUUGGCUAAAAGACAUAAUUAGAAAAUACGUGGUCACAGAUAAUGGCAUGAUAGAAACUUGUCACAAGCAAUGACAUCAUGAAUACUUUGGGGAGCAAGAUGUUGAACAAUUUCUUUUUUAGAGCAGGAGAUCUAACAAAGAAUUUUAACAGGGUUUGGUUACAGACCCCUGACCACAAUGUAAGCAUUUCCUUAAUAGGGUGGGUUCCUAAGCAACAAGGUUCAAAUCUGUUGUGAAAGGUUAUGAGUCUUUAGCAUUAGUUCAGGAAUUUUUUUUAGGUCAGACACCCCUUUUGAUUUUAUAUCCCAUGUUACGUCAUUGGGAACAGCAUACCUUGGACAAGACCAAGCUGGCUGUGGACAUUUAUUAAGCUCCUACCUUAUACCAAUGUUUUACAUGUGUUAACUCGUUUUAAUCAUACAACUGUAUGAAAGGUAAGCACCAUUACCCUCUUUUAAUGAUGAGGAAACAGGCACCUAGAGGAUACAAACUUCCCAGAGCAGAGUAUCAUAGGCUGGGUUCUCUAGAGAAGCAAAACCAGUAAAGUGUAUAAAUAAAGAGAGAUUUAUAUCAAGAAAAUGGAUCACGUGGUUGUAGAGGCUGGAAUGCCCCAAGUCCAUGGGUCAGAAUAGAGGCUUAUGCUGAUACACAUAGCCACAGGAGCUGGCAAAUCCAAGAUCGGCAGGUUGGAGACCGGGGCUUUUCACAGGUUGUGAAGAUUGAUCAAUCCCAAAGAUCAGCAGGCAAGAUCACAGGUAAGCUGCUAACUCAAGUCCCAAGAACCAGAGAUCAGAUGAACAGGAGCCAGCUACAGGAUCCAGAAUGAGCAAAAGCUACAAGCCUUGCCAGAAUAUCCCCUUAUAUUCAACGCAGGCCACACGCCAGAGGAAAAUCCCUUUCAACUGAUUGGCUACUCACAGCAAAUCCCAUCAUGGAGAUGAUCUCAUAAUAUCAAAUCACAUCAUAGAGGGGAGCACACCAUCAUAUGACUAUCAAAUCACUGAGAAUCAUGGCCCAGCCAAGUUGACACACAACCUUAACCAUUACAAUCCACCCCUUGUCAACUUAGCACCUGUACACAUCUCUUCCUACCGUACGUAAUCUCUGAAUAAAGGCAACUAUAAUGUCAUACCCCUAGCAUGAUGCAAUGAACACACAAAGCAGAAAUACUCAACAAUUACAAUUACAGUCCUCGUUUCUGCAACUGAUGAUGUGGCCGUAACUGGUAUUUAGAAUUACCUUCCACCACCUGUUCUGUAUUUCCUUUGACCUCAGAAAGCACCUCAGCUGGUUGUGGUUCUUUGCCUGAUGGGGUGACCCAAACCUUCAUUCCCGAAGGGUCUGGGCCAUUAGUAAUCAUGUCAGAAUUGGGUUGCUGUAGUUUUCCAUUGACUAAUCACAGGGCAUGGUAGUACUGAGAGACGCCCUAAGGAAUCUCCUGUAUUCCAUAUGUAAUCUUCUUUAUCUUCAUUAUGUAAUAUCAAUCCGAUUUCUUCUUGAUAACCAGGAUCAAUCACACCAGCCAGUAUGGUAACUCCCUUCUUGGCCUGUUGAUGCAGAGGCACAAGGAGCCCAAAGUGGCCAGGUGGCAUUCUUUGCUUCCAGUUCAAUGGAAUCAGUGAUACGUCUCCAGAUGGGAGCAUUCCUCCCUUUGGAACUAAGACCUCUAGACCUGCAGAACAUAAGGUCAUGGGGACAAGAAGCAAAAAUCUUGUGAGUGGGUCACUACGGGUAAUAGUGAGUAGUGCCACUCCCAUUUCCACCCCUUGAUUCCUGGACCCAUGAAUCCUGGGUAUAAGAGAAACAGCACCAUAUAUUGGAUGCUGGUUUAGAGCAUAUAUAGCCUACUGGAGAACAUUGUCCCAACCCUUCAAGGUAUUGUCACCUAGCUGGCACCAUAAUUGUGUCUUUGGAAGGCCAUUCCAUUGUUCUAUCAAAUCAGCUGCUUCAGGAUGAUGGGAAACAUGGUAAGACCAGUGAAUUCCAUGAGCAUGGGCUCACCGCUGUACUUCAUUUGCUGUGAAGUGAGUCCCUUGAUCUGAGACAAUGCUGUGGGGGAUACCAUGAUGGUGGCUAAGGCAUUCUGUAUGUCCGCAGAGGGUAGCUUUGGCAUAAGCAUGGCAUGCAGGGAAGGCAAAUCCAUAUCCAGAGUGUCUAUUCCAGUAAGAACAAAAUGCUGCCCUUUCCAUGAUGAAAGUGGUUCAAUGUAACCAACUUGCCACCAGGCUGCUGGCUGAUCACCUCAAGGGAUGUUGCCAUAUCGGGGACUCAGUGUCAGUCUCUGUUGCUGGAAGAUUGGGCACUCAGCAAUGGCUGUAGCCAAGUCAGCCUUGGUGAGUGGAAGUCCAUGUUGCUAAGCCAUGCAUAACCUCCAUCCCUGUCACCAUGGCCACUCUGCUCAUGAGCCGAUUGAGUGGUUUCCACACAGAACUCAUCAUCCUAUCCACUUGAUUGUUAAGAUCGUCCUCUACUGAGGUCACCUUUUGGUGAGCAUUCACAUGAGACACAAAUAUCUUCACUUAUUUGGCCCAUUCAGAGAGGUCUAUCCUCACACCUCUUCCCCAUAAAUCUUUGUCUCCAAUUUUCCAACCAUGUUCUUUCCCAACCCCUGACCAUCCAAACCAUUGGCCACAGCCCCUGAAUCAGUAUACAAUUGCACAUCUGGCCAUUUCUCCUCUCAAGC